AUGUCUGACGCUUCCAAGCCUGAGGCCGCUCAGGCGCCCGUCGAGGACCCCCCCAAGACCAACGGCGAGGUGGAGCACGCCGAGGACGACGGUGCCAAUGGCAUCUUCCAGAUCACCGUCAAGCUGCCCCACGCGCCGUUCGAGACGCAGAUGACCAUCUCGACGGCCGAGCAGGUGCAGGACCUGCGCCAGUCCAUCAUCGAGAUGCCGCACACGUUCCAGUACUCGUGCUUCCACCUCGAGCACGAGGGCAAGCGCAUCAACGACUACGUCGAGCUAUCCGAGGUCGACGGGCUCAAGGCCGACUCGGUCCUGACCCUGGUCGAGGACGCCUACACGGAGAAGGAGGCCCGGUUACACGUCAUCCGCGUGCGCGAGCUGAUUGGCGCCGCCGGCGACCGCACCGACGCUCUGCACGGCAUCCUGGCAGGCCUCUCGCUGCACGACACAGUCGGCCUUGAUCAGUCAGCAAAGGCCAACGAGGACGGCCCCGAGCCCUCGCCGCUCGCUGACUACGACUUCAAGGCCGCCGGCGCUGUCCAGCGUCUGCUCCCGCCCGUCCACGAGCCCGCGCCCAAGACGAUCAAGUCCAUCGCCGUGUCGCCGUGGAACCCCCCGCCCUACCACCUGCGCUCCAAGGGCCACCUCAUGUACCUCGUCGUCAACACCAACGAAAACGAGCAGCACCACAUCACCUCGCACGUCUCGGGCUUCUACGUCAACAAGUCGUCCAACGCCAGCUUCGACCCCGCGCCUCGCGACGGGCCCAAGGCGCGCCACGCCCACUCGCUGCUGAACCUGCUCGAGGCCGUCUCGCCCUCGUUCAAGGACGCGUUCCAGCAGCUGCUCGACCACAACGCCAAGAAGGAGCUCCUCACCAUCUUCCAGCUCUCCAACGCCAUCCCCGCCAACCCCUGGUUGGUCCCCGCGCCCUCCUCCGCCCUCACCACACAUCAGCCCGACCUCGCACGAACACAGGAGAGCUAUCUGAUCUCCGGCGUCGAGAACACCGAGACCCUCCGUGACUGGAACGAGGAGUUCCAGUCGACACGAGAGAUGCCCAAGGACGCUGUCCACGACCGCGUCUUCCGUGAGCGCCUCACAUCGAAGCUGUUCGCCGACUACAACGACGCAGCGACCCGCGGUGCCAUGCUGGUAGCUCGCGGCGAGAUUGCGCCUCUCAACCCUACAGAAGCAAAGGAUGCCCAGAUCUUCGUUUACAACAACAUCUUCUACUCCUUUGGCGCCGACGGCGUCGGCACUUUCGGCACUGAGGGUGGUGACGAGGCGGCUCGCGUGGCCGUUGGCAAGGACGUCUUUGGUGUGCGCGCGGUCAACAACCUCGACAUCCCCAACCUCUUCACCUCCGGAACCGUCGUUGUCGAUUAUCUCGGAAAGCGUAUUGUCGGCCAGAGCAUUGUUCCCGGCAUCUUCAAGCAGCGCGACCCUGGCGAGCACCAAAUCGACUACGGUGCGGUCGAGGGCAAGGAGAUUGUCGCAGACGACAAGUCCUUUGUCCCUCUGUUUGAGCAGCUGUCCAAGGCCCUGCGCGUCAAGAAGCACCCAGUAUGGGACAAGGAUGACGUCAGGCAUGAGCUCGAGGGCAGUGUCGAGACCAAGGGUCUUAUUGGCACCGACGGCAGGCGCUACGCUCUUGAUCUCUACCGCCUCACUCCCCUCGAUGUUGCUUGGAUCGAGGCCCACUGGAGCGAGCCGGCCAAGGAGGGCGAGACGAAGUCGUCCGAGAAGGACUACCCCCACCGCAUGGCCACUCUCCGCCCCGAGCUUGUCGAAUCGUACGGCCGACUGAAGCUUCGCGAGUACGUCAAGAACGAGCUUGAGAAGAAGAAGGGCGCCAAGGAGGAGACACCCGCAAAGAAGGCCGUCAAGGCGGACAAGGAAGAAUCUUCGUCAGAGGAGGACUCUUCGGAAGAGGAGUCCUCAUCAGAGGAAGAGUCGUCUGACGAGGAGGAUGAGAAAAAGACGGAGAAGAAGUCGGACAAGAAGGUUGCCAAGACUGAAAAGAAGGCCGAUGGUGAAAUUGAACCGGAGAAGAAGGCAGAGGAGCAGGACCGCGUGGACAUCUCUGGCUUCAACUUCGCUCUUAACCCCGACGUUUUCUCAGGACAGAACCCGCAAUCCGAGGAGGACAAGGCAGAGUGGGCCAAGGACGAGGCUGAGGUCCGCGCUGCUUGCGAGCACCUGCUUUCUGAGGUUCUCCCUCGCUUGAUCCAGGAGCUCAAGGACGGCGAGGUUGGCUUCCCGAUGGAUGGCCAAUCUCUCAGCUCCCUCCUGCACAAGCGCGGUGUCAACAUCCGCUACCUCGGAAAGAUCGCCGAGCUUGCCGACAAGCCUGACCCUCGUCUCCAGGCCUUGAAGCGUCUGAUUAUCCAGGAGAUGAUCGCACGUGGCUUCAAGCACUUUGCCAACUCCAAGCUUCGUAGCGUCCCAGCUCCCUUCGCCGGUGCCUGCAUUGCACACCUCCUGAACUGCCUGUUGGGGGCGGAAGCAAACCCCAAGCCUGUGGCAGAGUCUGACAGCAGCCUCAAGGCCAUCUACCCAGAGGCUGACUUUAGCUUCGAGAAGUUGACACCCGAGACUUUGAAGAAGGAGGUUGUUGCACAGGUCGCUCUUCGCUACCGCUACAACCUCAACGCGCUUGGCGGAAACUGGGUCGAGACCGGCAAGGAGCUCCAGCUUUUCCGUGAGGUCUCGCUCAAGCUUGGUCUGCAGUUGGAGAGCAAGCAGUAUGCCUUCACCAAGGAGGCUCUUUCCAGCACCGCAACAACUAAGCCUGCCUCUGUUUCUCAGACCAACGGUAACGCGGCUUCGAGCAAGAAGAAGAACAAGAACAAGCAGGCCUCGCCGCCUCGCACUGAGAGUCCAGCUCCUGCCCUCACAGCUCAGACCUUCCACGCGGAUGAUAUCCUCAACAUCGUCCCCGUUGUCAAGGAGGCUUCGCCCAAGAGCUUGUUGGCGGAGGAAGCCCUCGAGGCCGGCCGCAUGUCCGUGGCUCAAGACCAGAAGGAGCUUGGUCAGGAGCUGCUCCUUGAAUCCCUGCAGCUGCACGAGCAGAUCUACGGCGUGCUGCACCCUGAGGUUGCCCGCGCUUACCACACUCUGUCCAACCUCCUCUUCAACCUAGAAGACAAGGCUUCUGCUCUCGAGCUUGCCCACAAGGCUGUCAUUGUGUCCGAGCGCACUCUUGGUGUCGACCACGCUGAUACCGUUCUCGCCUACCUGAACCUGGGUCUGUUCGAGCACGCCACCGGCAACACCAAGAAUGCUCUCGUCUACGUACGCCACGCCCUCGAGUUGUGGAAGAUCAUCUACGGAGCUGACCAUCCUGACUCAAUCACCACCCUCAACAACGCUGCUGUCAUGCUGCAGGCGAUGAAGCAGUACCACGAGUCGCGCAUCUGGUUCGAGGCUUCCUUGGCCAUCUGCGAGGACGUUUCUGGCAAGAACUCGAUCAACACUGCUACCCUGUUGUUCCAGACUGCCCAGUCGCUUGCUCUCGACAAGGACAUGCGUGGUGCCGUCAACCGCAUGCGCGAGUCAUACAACAUCUUCAAGGAUGUCCUCGGUGCCGAGGAUCGCAACACCAAGGAAGCUGAGAGCUGGCUCGAGCAACUCACGCAGAGCGCCGUCAGCCAGCAGAAGCAGCUUAACGACAUUGCCGCCGGCCGCAUCCGCCGCGUCCAGCUGACUGGCAGGAACCCUCUCCAGCCAGCUGCUGCCACACCAACAGUCAGCGAGCACGCCAAUACCGUCGGCGGCCCUCGCACCCGUCCCGGUACUGGCGGUGUCGACCAGCGCAGCAUUGACGAGCUCCUCAAGUACAUCGAGGGCGAGUCGCCCAAGACAUCCUCUAAGAAGCGCGGACAGGCCAACCCCCGGAGGAGAGGCGGCAAGAACUAA